UAUAUAACAAAUAAUUUGAGUAGGAUGAACCCCGUGCUGUUAGACGAUAACAAUGCUGAUUUAAACUUCAACAUAAGAGCUGAUGGGUUAGCCGGUCACUCAUUAUCGCACAAUGGCUGGCAGUACAUGUGGGCAGGUGUACGCUCCACGCAUGGUGUCCUGCGCGGCAAGGUCUUCUUCGAGGUGCACGUCAUCAAUCAUUAUAAGUUGAACGAGUAUUUAGAAGGAUGUGACGUGAAAGCAGAUUGUAACAUAAGAGUUGGGUGGUCACACGAUCAAACCAACUUAUUGCUGGGAGAAGAUGUUAACUCUUAUGGCUACGAUGGAGCUGGUUUUAAGAGUCUUGAUGGAAAGUUUGACGUUUACGGAGGACGGUUACAUUUACACGACGUCAUCACGUGUUAUCUUGAUCUUGAUUGUGGGCUUGUUUCUUUCCAGAAAAAUGACGAGUUCCUAGGGACUGCAUUCAAGUUGGAUAAGCGAGCCAAAGAAAGCCCCUUUCUGCCUCACAUAUGUGUUAAAAACACCGAGGUGUUUGUUAAUUUUGGACAGAAGCCCCCUGCUUUUAAACCACCCCACGGGUUCAUCUUCAUCUCUCACACCCACCCUAACAACUUGGUGGCUACCCUUAGACCUCCUAACAAACCAACGGACUUAGAACUGAUAAUGAUGAUAGGAUUGCCCGGUGCUGGUAAAACAACUUAUGCUCUGAAGCAGAUGAGCGAGAAACCAGAGAAGAGAUAUUAUCUUUUGGGACAGGAUAUGAUCAUGGGGCACCUGAGGAACGCCGCUGUUAAAAGAUACAAACUCAAGUGGAACCGAGUAGUGAAGUUGUGCUCAGACAUUGCAACAGAGCAGCUGAAACUAGCUGGCACCAAAUCCCGCAACUACAUUGUCGACCAGACAAACGUCUAUGCAGCUCCACGCCGGCAGAAGUUGAGAAUAUUCGAGAACUACAAGGCCAUUGCUGCUGUUCUCGUAGUUACGGAUACCGAGCUUAUUAAGAGGUGUAAGGAACGUGAACAAGUAUCUCCCAAACACAUUCCCCUGCCUGCUGUAGACGAGAUGAAGAAGAACUUUACUCUUCCUCACGAGGAUGAGGGCCUCUUCUCUGAAAUACGUUAUGUUGAGCAGAAUCGAACAAUAGCUGAAGCGAUAAUGUCUUCUUACAAAACUUCCCGCGAGAUGAACAAUAAACCGGGUAUCCUGCGGGCUGAAGGAGGAGUUUCACUUCCUGGGCUGGGAUUCAGGCCCUCCUACCAGCUUCACCCUGGAGCUAGACACUUACCUCCUGGUUUUAUUCAGCAGCCACCUAGGUAUCCGAUGCGGAGGAACGAGUACAAACAACCGGACAUGUUUAACGGAAAAAGAGACGAUAAUAUCGACCACCUUGCUAAAAGUGUUGACAAUAUCAGGUUGAAAGAGCCAGACCAAGCAGAGAUAAUGAGAAAGGUAAACAGAGCACCGUACAAGAAGCAUCCAGUAGAGGAACAGGAAAAAGUGGCACCGGCUGAGAACAAAGACGUUAAGGACGAUAAACCUGAGCAAAUAGUUCAUCCUAUUCAGAGUAAACCUGAGCAAAUAGUGCACCCGAUACAAAACAUGCACUACGUAAAGGAGCAGAUACAGCCGCCUCCUCCUCCUCAAAUAAUGGCUACUCAAGACACUUUCAGUCACAUGUACAUGCCACGUAUGAACGACAAAGAUAACAACAGUAGACCGGGAAUAAUCCCAAUGAGUAAGAUAAACGACCACACUAUGUUCGGAUCCCACCACCUUACUACGUCCCAUCCUGGGUACUUAACAAACACGGGUAAUGCACGUUACAGUGCAGGCAACACGGGCCAACAGCAACACAGACCCCUACCCAUGAACAUGGCUAACUUACAGUUCCAGACUAGAUCUCAAACUCCUGUCUCUUCCAACUAUAACUCUCUCGCGUCCUUGUCAACCCCCAACUUCAAUCAGAAUACUUUGUCUAGCAAUUUUGGGAGCAGCCAGCCAGGCCCCUUCAUAUCACAAGGGCACAUGACAAACCAGGAACAGUUACUCGCAUUCCAGCUCCUCCAGCAAAACACACCCUUCCAGCAGAUGAUGAUGCCGCAGAACUAUCAGAUGCCAGGUCUCGAGCUGAUGCCACAAGCCCUUCACUCCACCUCCGGACUCCACUCCACUCCUCUCCUUCAGCAGAGCAACAUUCCCGACCACUUCGCUACCCUCUCUGGAUCCCACGGUUUACGCUACCCUGCUGGCUACAACCUACAAAAACCUAAACAGUUUGGACGUUAGCCAACUUCCUACUUCCCGCUCACUCUACCAUCCCUACACCUCAAUUAGGAAUUGCUUACUUUAAUUAAUUAAUUAAUUAGUUAAUUAUUUAAUUGAUUUAUUAAUUGAUUAAUUCCAAGUUUUUUGUUACAUUUAGAACCGUUACGUGCUAGUAAAUUUAUCAUUUAAAAAACUGUCCAAUUAUGAAAUUGCUCAAUUCUUUUGAUUUUAUACUAUUUUUCCAUUUUAACUACGCUUAUUAAUAAAGCAGAUGCCACUUUUGUUCACGAGCAGUUCGGAAAAUUUACACAAACAAAUCUCUGAACUGCUAAUAUACUUAAUAAUCUUCUGAUUUAAGUUUUUGGUAAAUUUUUAUCCAUUCCAUGAAAUACUCUCCCUUAAAUUUGUAACUGGUAGAGUUUGAGCGCGGCUGAUGUCUGCAUGGCGUCUUAAUGACUGAUAUUGAAACUGAUGAUGAAGCUAACAACUGAGAUUUUUAUUUAAUAACGAUUUUGAGAAGUCACGGUGAACGUUUUAUUUGACCUGUGCUAUGAUUGUUUUACGGUUAAUUAAUUGUGUUACUUUCUACCCAGAUCUUUUCUUUUAACUGAUAUCACAAUUUUAAGUUGUAUUGCGACGUGAGGGUGCAUGUUAUGACGUCAUAUCACGUGGUGUGACGUCAUAUCACGUGGUGUGACGUCAUAUCACGUGGUGUGACGUCAUAUCACGUGGUGUGACGUCAUAUCACUGCACGUGGUGUGACGUCAUAUCUCGUGGUUUAACGUCGUGAUGUUAAGUUGUUAUGCUAAAACUCGAUUAAUUGGACAUGAUAAGUGAUUGUUUGCGUUUUAUCUUUUGAAGCUCAAUGAAUAUUGAAUAUGUAUGUGGAAAUAGUGGAAAUAUGUGGAAAAGUUGAUAAAUGUGCUACAGCUAGUAUUUAUGGUUUAGUAAUUGUAUAUUGCUAAUUUUGCGGCUGCUGAAAAACGCCGCACCUUCGGGCUUUUCAGCUCUGAUAUUUACAAUAUCCGAUUUGCCUCUUGAUGUACCGACUGAAUUUGGGAUUCUCACUCGUUGAGAGGCACUUCGAUGAUUAUAUACAAGUGGACUAUUGCUGUCCGCCACGCGCGCCAGGCGUGUUAAGGAGUUGACUCAUUUUACCUAACUCAUUUUAAGUAUAGGAAUGCCAAAGUGGGUGUUGUGAUUACAGCUAUCAUGAAAUGAGAUUUGAGAUUUCAGUGAUGUUUUAUUCGACCUUUAAUUUCAGUUUCAUCUUCAGACAGAGUUAACUUACUGCAUCCCAGAACUGCUUGAUUUAACUGAUUGUUGAUUGGUUAAUUGUACUAAUUGGUCAUUAGUUAAAGUUCAUUGGUACUGAGCUCCAAUAAUUAUUAUGUAACGUUCUGUUAUGUUUUUGCAGCUUAUGAAUGGCAGCGCUAUUUUGGUUAACUAACAUUUCUAAUAUUGAUGAUUAAUACAUUGUGCGCUAAUAUUGUGUUGGGCUGAAAAUAUUUCCUUGUUUAUGGUUAUAUAGUAUUUUUAAUUUUUGUAAAAAGCUAUGCGAUAUGCUAAUAUGCUAUGAGAACUAUUCCAAGCCCUAUGAAGUUUACUUUUUUACAUAAUUUAAUAUAAAUUCAAUUAUAAUUAUUUUAUAAUUAUAAUUUUAUAUUAACAUUAUGAUCAAAGACAAGAA